CGACACUACCAACGCGAAUGAGACAUCUGCCUUGCGUCCCGAUCCGCCCACGCGCAAACCCUCUUAUGGCACACUCUCUACCUUUACACGCACCGGGAGGAGCAAGUCCAAAUCAGCAUUCCCGGGCAGACGCGGCUUGAGCACUCUGCCGCACCUCAGAAUACCCAUCUACUCCAAGUCCGUCCCAGGGUCGCCCCGUUCUCCAGCAUCCUUCAGAGACUCCUACUUCUCCAUUCCGCCGCCCAUAUCUUCAUAUGACAAGCCCAAAGACAGCUUCGCAUCUGAGGAAACGCACGCAGACAUGAAGACGAAUGGCGUCCGUGUCUGGUACUCGUCGUUCACCUCUAUUGAUUGGCUCCACGACGCGAUCAAAGACUCAGCGCGCCAGACGCGUCUUCGCAAGCGGAAAUCAAAGCGCGGCCGUCUCAUUCGGCAGUUCGAUAGAAGCAUAGGAUGGAUCAUUGUCACAAUUGUCGGAUUCUUGACCGCGGUCGUUGCCUUUUUGAUCGUACGAAGCGAGCAGUGGCUAUUCGAUAUCAAGGAGGGAUAUUGUCAGGACGACUGGACCAAGGCGAAGAGAUUCUGUUGUUCUAUAGACGAUGAUGCAGAGCUCACGUCCCCUGAAUCCUUUCUCACAUUCGCUCUUGAGGGAGAGUGUGCGUCGUGGCGGACGUGGACCGAUGUGUUCGGCAAUAUGCUCGAGCGCAAAGGCGAUUGGUUCGGCUUCGAAGCAGAAAUGGUGGAGUACAUCGCCUAUGCCAUCAUCGCGCUUAUGUUGGCGGUAGCGUCCUGCUUGCUAACAAUCUAUCUGACGGCUUCUACGAGCUUUAUUACCCGUAAAGAUUCUGGGGUGCUGGCACCGGAAUUCGCUCACAUCGACGGCGACCCUAAAACUGUGGAAACACCUUCGGCUGGAGAACAGACGCGCAAGGUCCUGUAUUAUGCGGCGGGGAGUGGUAUACCAGAGAUCAAGACCAUCCUAUCAGGUUUCGUAAUCCACGGGUAUCUUGGAGGAAGGACAUUGUUCACCAAGUCAGUCGGUCUCGCUCUCUCCGUUGCAUCUGGCCUCACUCUAGGCAAGGAGGGCCCAUUUGUUCACAUCGCAUCAUGCAUAGGGAAUAUUGUUAGCCGGUUCUUCAACAAAUAUGAGACAAACGAAGGCAAGCGACGCGAGAUCCUGAGUGCAGCAAGCGCAGCCGGGGUAGCAGUGGCUUUUGGUGCACCCAUAGGUGGGGUGCUCUUCAGCUUGGAAGAGGUUUCCUAUUUCUUCCCGGCCAAAGUUAUGUGGAGGAGCUUCUUCUGUGCUAUGGUUGCUGCGAUGACGCUGAAGUUUCUUGAUCCAUUCGGAAGUGGCAAGCUGGUGCUCUUCCAGGUCACAUACGACAAGGCAAGCUGUGACUGGCAUGCAUAUGAGCUGAUUUUCUUCCUUCUCUUGGGCGUCUUUGGAGGAGUUUACGGCGCAUGCUUCUCGAAACUCAACAUUCGAUGGACACGCCAUGUCCGCAAUGGCACCUGGUUGAAGAAGCAUCCUGUUGUGGAAGUAUUCCUCGUUACUUUGGUGACCUCCCUAUUGUGCUUCGUCAACCCAUACACUCGCAUGGGGACCACAGAGCUCGUAUAUAACUUGUUUGCAGAAUGCAGACCCGGAAGCCCUAACACUCAUCUCGGACUGUGUGUACUGAACCCUCCUGAGCAAGCCCUGCCUGUCAUACGCGCUAUCCUCGUGGCGUUGGUCGUCAAGGGUGCUUUGACAAUCGUGACAUUCGGUAUCAAGCUCCCCGCAGGGAUUUUCAUACCGUCACUGGGAGUGGGAGCUUGUGCAGGGCGUAUACUUGGCAUACUAGUUCAAUGGUGGCAGUACUCGCAUCCCAAUAGUGUUAUGUUUACUUCGUGUAAAGGGGAUCUCGAUUGCGUGAUCCCGGGGCUGUACGCGAUGGUGGGCGCAGCAGCAGCCUUGUCCGGCGUGACGCGCACGACUGUAUCGUUGGCGGUCAUUAUGUUUGAGCUGACCGACACGCUUACGUAUGCGGUGCCGGUGAUGCUCUCUGUCCUCGUUGCGAAGACAGUUGCCGAUGCGCUUGAGCCAAAGGGAAUCUAUGACCUCGUGAUCGAUCUCUCGCAAUUGCCCUACCUCGAUGCGAAGCAUGAGUACAUCUGGGGCAAGUUGCAGAUUGACGAUGUGACCGAUCGUGACGUCGAUGUCAUCCGAGGCGAUCGCGAGAAUACGGUCAAGAGUCUCAGAGACCAACUACAAGGCUUACUCGUGACCGGAAGGUCUGACAGCGGCUUCCCCAUUCUUCGAGAAGACGACGGCGGUCAGCGUAUGGUGGGCUACAUUGGUGCAAACGAGCUCGAGCACGCCUUGACCAUUGUUGCAGACGAGGCAGAUAAAGUGGUCUCAUUCCGCCCCGCCAAUCCGUACGGUCAUGGCGAGCAUAUGACGUCUUCAUACUCCUCGUUGGCCGAGACAGGCUCUCACCGGGGCGGCGUUGACCUCUUUGACUUCAGCCUUUACAUGGACCAAGCGCCAUUGACGGUCCAGUCAAAGUCACCUCUAGAGCUCGUCCAGCAGCUUUUUACGAAGCUCGGUGCUCGCUACGUGGUCGUGACUGAUACCGACGGAUACUAUGAGGGGGUCAUUGACAAAAAGACCUGGCUCGCCUUCCUCGGACAGCUUGAAGAACAGCACUCUUGAUCGCACAUGCUAAUGAACAUGAAUAUCGUUGCUCUGAUUUCUGCACAUUAUCGCUAUUUGUGGAUCAAUUUAGGACAAUAGCAAGCAUAAGUUACGUUUUAUUGUGAUGAUGCGCAAUAUAUCAUUUUUAUCCCUCGUGU